AUGAGAUUUGAGACUUCGAGGCAAUUCCAAAAGCCUGUCAACCUGAAGACUUGGUCGGAGAAUCCCUCAAGUCGGCUUCCAGACGAAUCGGAUCGGCUCAGCUCCAAUACCGGGGGUCUACGCCGACAGCAGAGUAUCCGAUUUGUGAAGCAAGGGGCUCGAACCAAGCGACAGCAAAGUCAAAUCAACGAUGGCUCCUCUGAUGUAGAGACUGUUUGUCACCGGAGCGUCCUCAAAGAUGUUGUCAAUCAGCCCGCUAGCCAAACUUGUCGUAUUGCCGAGCGUCCAUUUGUGAGCACUUAUACGACCAACUACAUCAAUUCUUUACCUCCGAGCGAAUCAUUCGGGUCUCCAGACGAUUGUGCACCUGCUCCAGCAUCUUAUCGAAGACUGCGCAAGUCACGCUCAAUGUUUGCCCCCUUGAAUCCGACCGGUCUGCGCCGACCAAGCAAGACAUACUUCGGCGAGUCUCCGGAGCAGGAGAAUGUACAGCCUGCCUUGCGACAGUCUAUGCAAGACAUGAAGGAGAACAAGCCCUCACCGAAGAAGAUUCUUGGUCUGAGGAACCCAAAGUCAAUGAGCUUCCUCAAAAUUCGGGGCGUUUUGGAUUCUGACAGACUUGGAAGCCGACAGCAGAUCGAUUUGGCAGUCCAAGAAGCCGAGGACAGUUUUCGCAAAGACGUCGAGGAACAACGACAAUUAAAACCGCGACCAUCGACGAUAUUCUCGAAAGCAAAGAAGGGUCAGGCGUCUCUGAGUUUACGCCGAUCCAUGAGAGACUUUAGCGCUGAUGGUCAAUCCCUUGGCCCGGAACAUGGUUUGGUAAUCAAUAAAGACGCUUCUCUACGAAAGAAAGCCCGGAAAGUCUCAAGCAGUCUCAAAAGCAAAUUGAAAGAUAUGUUCCGCCGGAGCAAGAAGGAUGAUUUGGUUGUGGAAGCUAGCGAGCCUCCUUCAAAGGUUUCGGACGUAGUCCAAGAUCUCGUUGGCGUUGACAACGAACAGGACGAUGCAUACAUGGACAUUGCGGAUCCUGUGUUGCUGGACGAGUGUUCGAUCUCCCAAGUACCCUCGCGAGUCCCGUCUCUUCACGAUGCUUCCCCAACCCAGAAGCUCCAUUCGCGAAAAGGAAGCAUAGAGAGCAUUGGAGGUGAAAGAAAGGCAUCGGAUGAGAAAUCUCGCGUCACCAGUUGGACGAGCUCGGGCACUCAUACUCUUAACAGUCAAAGUACUUGGGGCGGGGAGCGGGAGCGCCAGCGGCUGUCCGUCAUCAAAGAGAUUGGACCACAUAAGUCCUCUUCUUCUUUCCAGCGACCAAGCCUGGCUGACCGCAAUCCAUUCGAGUCCGAACUACCAUCUCCGCAACAGGAUGGACUUGUCCGCCUCGGCCCAUCAGUCGAUAGCGCCAGAGUCUACUCCGCCCUCAUGAAGCGAUUGAACGAAUGCAAGCAAAAGGGUCAACGAGAAGAGCAGCUACGGCAUGGUAGUGAUGGGAGUACCGGUCUCAAUUGGAAUGGCAAAGUUGAUUCGUCGACAUCCCUCGGCGGCCAGGAACUUGACGAAGCUACGAAUCAAGACCUACCAACCAUAAGAUGUAUUUUGCAAGAGGACGACGUCUUCCAUGACAGUCCUUGGGAGCAAAGAUUGCAAACAGUGGUUGAGACCGAGGCCCCUCAGUCGGGUCACGAUGAAGCGGUGUCUCCAUCCGAUAGCACAAUGCAUCAUCGCCAGCGUUCGGCUUCUGAGACUACCAUUGGGUCUUACAAGCCUUGCUCAAGACCCGUGGCCGGGGUCGAACCAGACCACUCGCCCUCGAAGCCGUAUAAUUUGCAGGGCGACAAGACCGCGAAUCCACCAAGAGCAUUGUCCACGCGCAGUUCGGCGUUCUUUGGCAGCCCGACUUGCCACCUCUUCCGCACCACGAGUCCAUAUCGCAAGGUCUUGCAAGAGAAGGUCAGAUCCGAGUCACAGGCUCCAGCUCCAGAUCAGUUACUAUCACCAUCGGUUUCAAUGCUAAACCUCGACCUUAUACCCACAAGGCGUCGCCCGAGUCUCUCUAAGGAAGAUCCCCGACUUGCUUACUCUGAAAGUAUAUACUCUGACGACCUUCUCUCCCCACGGGCAUUACCACAAAGUUUCGGGGAACAAUCAGAACCCAGAGUGCCACCCCGACACCCCAACCACAUAGUGGCCGGUUCUGAUUAUCGACAGAUACCCUCUAUGUCCAACGACUCGGAGCCUGUUGCAAAGGAUCACAGUCCUAAUGCUACGCCUGCGAUGAACACACACCAAAUACGCUACUUACCAAGUGGCCAUUAUACUUAUACACCGACAAUGCCACGGAGCCGAACGGUCUCAAACGCAAGUUCUGUGGAGUGGAAGACUUGGCUCUCUGCCAAUGCGGCGCAUGCCGACGCCAAGUUGGCCAAUACUGAGAACCAGCACCUGACGGAAGUUCGUUACGCAAAAACAAGUAUGCCUAGAAGCUUGGGUCAUGUGCGUGAGCGCGCAGAGAUUGAGGACCCUGAAUCUCCAAAUCUGUACAGAGCUAUGGGCACAGGAAAGGCCAAACUGCAAACGCCGCUGAGAGUGACGAGCCACAACCCACGUCAAGUGUCGUCUGCCAGCCGCGUUGAGCAUGGCAUAGACGAUUCAAAGUUCUCCACACCUUUGAGAGACGAGAACACGAUCCCUGAGACGAACGGACGCGUGGCUAGGCGUCUUCGUGGCAUCUACAACCCUCCACCAAUUCCGCCCAGAAGCUCUUUGAGGACGACUCCUUCGAUGCCGGUUUUGCAGUCUCGUCUUUCUCAUAGUAACCUACCCGUCAAAGCCGUGGAUCGACAAGCUUCCAAGGUUCGCAGCAUGGACGCCAUCCCAAAGGCCGCAAGUUUCGAGCCCCCCUUCCAGCCCAAGGCACGAUCUCCGGUCAAAUUAGUCAGACGCGCCGGACUACAAAAAGGACUUCAACCGUCUGCUUCCAGCCCAAGGUUGACGAUCGAGAAACAAUUUGGUCCCAUGCUGGCCAGCCAUGAUCGCGGGUCUCCCAGGGAGAGGCGGGGAUCCGUUCGCCGGCUACUAGACUCCAGCGACUCGCAUGAUGGUGAGAAAUCCGAUACCGCGAGCCUUGACUGGAAGGCCGAAGCAGCUGGCAGCCAUCACUUGGUGGAGAAUUUUCUCAGCAGUAGGCGUCGGCCAUCAGUCCAUGGGGCGUUCGUAUGA